GGUAGAAUUUUUAAAAAAUUAGAACAUACUACUCUAGUAAUUUAAGUUAGGUUUUUAACAAGAAUUAGUGCUUAGAAUAACAUCUGUGAUUUCUGAUUAUACAGUUUAGCAGUUACAGUUUCCAUUUGUACUUUUCUACUCUCUUUGUAUGGUUUUCAAAAAAGAAAUACCUAUGACUGCCUAAACUCUAUUGUUCUUGUAAUAUUUUUGCAUGCAUCAUGGCCUAUUGCCUUAAAAACUGUUAACUCAUCAUCAUCACCACCAUAUAUUGAGUGCUUACCACAUCCCAGGUACUCUGCAAAAUGUUUUACAUCCAUCAUCUCAUUUAUUCUUACUAGGAUUCAGUGAGGUAAGUACCAUUUAUGCCAGCACCUGGAAAGAUGAUGUUGCGAUGAAGUUAAGAAUGCAAAAAGUUGACUCUGGAGUAACACCUGUGAAAGAAAAAGGGAGGAAUUGGGAUUGGGCAGAGGGAGCCGUCAGAACAUAACGCAACCCUGACAGUCUCUGUCAGCCCAAGGAGGACUUCCACAGCAAAGAUUACCCAUUCACGGAGUCUUGUAGUUGGCAGCAAUGCAAGGCCCUUGUACUGCCGCCUUGAGCAUUCAUUGGCCAAGGGCCUCCCCAAGAAGAGCAACUUUGGCUACCAACUCAGCUCAAAACAUGAGUUCCUGGUAACUACCCUCAUUGCGGCUAGGCCAUGAGUCCUUUCUUGAAGGAGGUAUCCAAGUAAUUGACGGUUGGCCACAUGAUUAAUAUCCCUUUUUAAGAGAAGUUGAUGCUCGGAAAGGUAAAAUAAUUUGCUGAAAAUCGCAAAGUAGGAAGCAGGGAUUCAAUCCCAGGUUUUGGGACUCACUUAGAGCCCUUCUGCCUCACCCCCCCCCCCCAAGUUGAUACCUUUUUUAAGUUUAUUAUUUAUUGUUUGAACUUUUUUAUUGUAGAAAGUUUCAAACACACCUGAAGUACAGAAAAUAAUGUUAUUAUCCCCAUGUACUCAUCACCCGGCUUCAAGAAUUAUCAACAUUUUGUCAUUCUUGUUUCAUCUAUCUGUCCACACAUAUUUUUUAGAGUCCUUGUUUUCACCACCAUACAUUGUAAAGCUACACUGCUGCCUCACUUUCUGGAAGAAUCACACAUAAAUCCAAAAUUCUUCCCUUGCCUUUAAAAUACGGAAACAGAAGAGAACCAACAUUUAUUAGUGCGUAAUGCACUUUUAUUAGGGGAUUUAAAUAAAUCCUUUCAUAAUCUAACAAGGACCCUGUAAUUUAAUAGGAAUCUCCAUUUUAUAGAUGAGUGUCAGAGAAGUGAAGUUACUUAAUAGACUCAUACAAAUAGUGAGUGCUAGAGCUAGGAUUUAAAUACAGCUAUUUUGUUGUUUGUUGUUUCUGACACUAAACAUGCCCAUGGUGAUUGGAAAAAAACAAACUGCAUUUUCUGUGUUAGUAGCUCACAAUCUCCUUUAUUCCCGUAAGUCAUAUUUCCCAUCACUGAUGUAGGUUUUUCUUUCUAAAACAGUUGCUGUUACUCAUAUUGAGAAUCCACAACUCACAGUGCUAGUGCUACACAUUGAGCAGGAACAAAACAGUCAGGAAUGAAGUGUAGUCCUCUAGCAUGUGUUUCAUGAAUGUCUGGUGAUCCCUUCAUUCUUUCAAAUCCAAAGUGAUUUUUUUUUUCUUUUCUAAUUUAUAAGAAAUUAAUUUCUAAUUAGUAAGAGUAAUAUCAAGUUUCUGAUUUUAUCUCUAACAAAAGUAUGUCUUGGUGAAUAGUAUUUUUAAUUGGAUUGAGGAAGAGCGAAAUGAAUAGAGACCACUUUGGGGAUGCUUUAGAUGUCAUAGGCAGGACUUUCAAAGUUUUGUUUCUCAAAGAACAGGAAACCGAACAUUUUUUUCUCUUAUCUAUGGCAAAAGAAAACUUGGCACCUUUAAAGAAAGGUAUUCCCCUUGUACUUCUGUUGGCAUAGCCAAAACUGAGGGUGGGUCCCUGAAAUGUAUUAAAAAGCAGACAGAUUCUUGGGAGAAGUGAUGUAGGUGCUUCCAGUGGAGUGAGGCAGCACUGGGGGCUCAGCCGGGGUUGCAGCACUUGCCUAAUCUAACAUUUAUUAGUAUUGGAUGAGUCCUGUAUCUCUGUUUGUUUUCCUGAUGGUAUGACGACACUUGCUUUCCUUUUCACAAAGAUGAGUGCUUGUUUGAAAACUGCUUUGAGAAUGUUGGAUAAGAGGUGAUGGAUAAAUAUGAAUUAUUAUAGUAAUGGGAGGAUUAAGUGGGGAAAAAGCUGUUCCUUGGGAACAAAUUGUAGAACUCUCCAACUGCAAGCAGGACUCAUAAAAAAUGAACAAUUCACUGUUGUAGCCCUCUAGUUUUCAUGAUGACUGUAGUCUUUGUCUUUUGUUUACAUGUUAACAAUAAAAUAACAAUAUUGAGAAAAUGCCUGGAAAUCUUUGCUUUGGAAAGGAAAUCGGGAUUUGAGGAGGUCAUUACUACAUGUUCAUUUUUUUUUCCGUAUAAAAUAUACUCCAAAACACUAACCACACUAAUUUUUAGCACUCUAUCUAGGUCUUCUCAAGACAUAAUUUUAAUGUUACCCUUUUAGGAUGGAAAGAGGUCUCUCUAACUCCUCCUUGGCUAUUAUUACCACUUUUUUAAAAAAAGUUCUACUGAAGUCACAGUGUUUCCCAACAAAAAGCUGGAUAUUUGCCACUUGAGAACAUCAAAUAUAUUAUUCCAUAUACCAGCUUAGUUUGUGAUUGAUUUCUUUUUAGCAAAGAAAGCUGAAGAGUUUAAAAAUAUUUGCAUUAGGACAGAUUUAUAUGGAAAUGACUGGAAAUCUUUGGGCAAAUAAAUUUUAAUUUCAGGACUAUGUGUGUAUGUAAAAUAUAUUUUUCACCAUUAAUUUGAAUUUUUAAAUUUAAAUUUUACUUAUCUUUAAAAAGAGGUUAUCUAUUUUCAUAGUUCAAAUUUCAGAAGGUACUAAAGUAUACAUGAAAAGUUUCCCUGUUAUCCUAGGAUAUAUUUAAUUGCUAAUUAUCAUUUCCAUUUUUGGCAAGAAGAGUGGUUGUGUUAGUAGUAAAUAACUAUGACUUUAGUAUAUAACAGGAGAAGCCAAAUAAAAUUUUAUAAAUUACAUUACAUCAGAUAAGAGAUACAGACAUGAUUAGUAUGCCUGAGACUUACUUAUUUUAUCUGCAGUAUAUAUUUAUUGAGCACUUACUGAGUGCCAAGACAUGGUUCUUGCCUCAGGUAGCUCAUAGUUUAGUAGUGUUAUAGAAACGUAAGCAGUGUGGUAAGGACUGAGGUAGAGUAAAUACAUGGAAGCAUAUAUACAGGAGUGUAACCCAGUUGGGGAAGAAAUGACAUCCAUGUAGAAUCCUGAAGGACAAGUAAGUUAUAGAAGUGAAGGGAAGUGGGCAGUUUAAAGGAGUGAUCUAGACAGAGCCUUCCAGAAAGUGGGAGUAAGGCAUGUCCAAAGGCUGAGAAAGUGCAAGAGGGCAUAGAGCUCCAGAAUGAACAGGGCAUGUGAUGGGGUUAUAAGAGGAGCCUGAAAUGGUAGACUGAGGCUGAAAACCAUGUAAAGACUAUGGUUUCACCCUGAGACUUCACAAAGACACCCUUUAACUCCUGAAAGCAGGAAGCUACAGGGCCAGAUGUUCAGUCUCCUUAUUGCAGUGUGGGGAAGGUUAGAAAGGAGCUAGAGAGCUUGCAGAGUUGAGGGCUGUAGCUCCGCGCGGAAGUUGCUGCCUUGCUGCAGGGAUCAUGGUGUUCUACUUCACCAGCAGCAGCGUUAAUUCAUCUGCUUACACUGUUUACAUGGGAAAGGAUAAAUAUGAAAAUGAAGAUCUAAUAAAGUAUGGCUGGCCUGAAGAUAUUUGGUUUCAUGUGGACAAACUCUCUUCGGCUCAUGUAUACCUUCGAUUACAUAAGGGGGAGAAGAUAGAAGACAUUCCAAAGGAAGUGUUGAUGGACUGUGCACAUCUUGUGAAGGCCAAUAGCAUUCAAGGCUGCAAGAUGAACAACGUCAAUGUGGUAUAUACACCGUGGUCUAACUUGAAGAAAACAGCUGACAUGGAUGUGGGACAGAUAGGCUUCCACAGGCAAAAGGAUGUUAAAAUUGUGACAGUGGAGAAGAAAGUGAAUGAGAUACUGAAUCGAUUAGAAAAGACCAAAAUGGAGCGGUUCCCAGACCUAGCAGCAGAGAAAGAAUGCAGAGACCGUGAAGAGAGGAAUGAAAAAAAAGCCCAAAUUCAGGAAAUGAAAAAGAGAGAAAAAGAAGAAAUGAAGAAGAAGAGGGAAAUGGAUGAACUUAGAAGCUAUUCAUCAUUAAUGAAAGUUGAGAAUAUGUCUUCAAAUCAGGACGGCAAUGAUUCAGAUGAAUUCAUGUGAAUGGAGAAAAGGACCUUUUAAAGAUGCAAAUUUAGGGACAGCUACAGACAUUUUGAUUUCAGUUAUGUUCUGAAUUACAAAAACAACCAACCACAAUUCUACCUUCAUUCUACACAAAUAUUAAUUUUGGAGAUUUUU